AUGGGAAAUAAAAAUGGUUCACAUGAUACAUUAUUAGAUGAAACCCAAGAUUUGCUCAUGCAAAGAACUGGUAUGUCAAAAUUUGACGUUGAAUUAUGGUACAAAGCAAUAUAUGAUCGAUCAACAAAAGGAAAAUUAUCUAAAGCACAGAUGAUAUCAAUUUAUAAAGAUAUGAGUGAUCUAGAUUCAUCACGUAUAAGUGAUGUAGUUGAUUCAUUAGCCAAUGUUUUUGAUGAAGAUCAUAGUGGAACUGUUGAUAUAAAUGAAUUUAUGCGUGGUUUUAUAUUGACAACAAGAGGUGAUUUACGUUCGAAAAUUGAUUAUACAUUUCGUAUAUAUGAUAAAAACGAUGAUAAUCAAAUAUCUGGUGAAGAAAUCAAACAAAUGGCAAAUUCAAUAACACGUAUGUUAGGUGGCGAUGAAACAGGAAAUGAUGAAGCAUGUUUUGCUAUAAUUCAACAAUUUCUUAAACAAUUUACUGGAAGUGAAAAUGGCGUGAUAUAUAAACACGAUUUUAUAAAAACAGUUAUGCAAAAUAAAGAACUGUUGGCUAUACUUUCACCAUUUUACGCUUGUCCAAGUCAUCGUCGUCAUUAA